UAGUUCAAAGUAUUUUUCAAAAAUUUGUGGGUUUGGCCAAAUAAUUAUUUUGCUUUGUAAAUUUGACCAAUAUCAGAUGCUUUUGAUCAGCUGUAGAUAGAGCCGGGGUGGACAACAAUCUUCCAUUCCUCUACAGUCCAGCUGUAAUUUGUCUUUAACAUGAUUUGGCUUCUACCUGCCUGUCUGAGUCAAUGUGCCUGCAGGCACUGAGGCACCUGAAUAAUUUAUACCAAGCAGCUGGUUGUGGCGUGGAAGUGCAGAAAACCUCCCUCAGACACUUGCUUAUUCUGCAGAAUCAGGAAUUUCAGAGGCGUUAAAUUGGGGGGCUCGUACGCCAACUUGUUGCAUCUCACCUGCAGCCUCCUUCGAGUAAAGCCUCACUUUCUUUCACUCGCAAAAGGCGACGUUUAUGCGCACAGCUUGCCAAUUUUCCUCACUGAGUAAUGCAACUCCACGUGGACUUUUGGAGUUGAAACCUUUUGGCUGCGUGCACCUUACCUCUGAUGACCCCCUCGAAAACCUGUAAUUUUUUACCGUAAUAGCUGGAAGAUAUCAAUCACAAGGCAUUACGAGUUCAAAUAUUUUUAGUAGUUUUAUUAAUUUAGCCCGGCUCGCCACUGUAUUGGUUCCACAUGUGUUACAGAGGUAUGUGGCAAGAGCGAGAGGACCGUCAUGACGGGGGAGCUGGAGGAGGGCUGAAUUCUGCAGCUUGAGCUUUUGAUAGAAUGAGGGUGAUUUGGGGAGUGAGAAAGGAAAAAAAAACAGAGGGAGUGCAUGACAUUCUUAGUGCAUCUGGGCAAAAUAAGCAGUCAGCGAGUGAGCAUGUAGAACAGAAAGAGGAAGGAGAUCACUGAAAGAGAGCACAGGAAAGGACGACAGAAUUUAUUAUUGGAGUAAAAAAAAACGGGAAGGAAAGGAAAGAAAAGCAAGUAAGAGGCAGAGGAAAAUGAAGAGAGAGCAUCCAACCAGGAACGUAGUCUUGGCUUGCUGUGAAGUGUCAGGAAGGAUGGAGGGAGGAAUGGAAGGAAGGUGGAUGAGAUUAAGCAACGGAGAACGAGAAACCAAACCAUAACGGCAAGAGUGACGACCGACUGUGGAAAAGAAGAAGCAAAACUAGGAAGAGAGACAACAAUUCAUCAUAUCGUGGACCUGCAAACGCAAGAAUCGCUUGCUGACGUCCCCAGAAGGGGGCACAGAAGCAUGUGAAUGUGGGAGAAUCAGGUGGUGUGGUGGGACAACUAGGAUCCCUUCUGGAUAAGUGACACUCUCACACACACCCUCCCACACACAAACACGAGCUCCCUCACGGAGGAUCCAAUGCAGCUGCGAGAUCCAAGCGCUUCUGAGGAUAAGAAGAUGGAUCCUGUUCAGAAGGCAGUGAUCAACCACACCUUUGGAGUCCCACUGGUGAAGACCAAACGGCCAAUCAUUUCCUGUAAUGUCUGCCAGAUCCGUUUCAACUCGGAGAGUCAGGCAGAAGCCCACUACAAGGGGAACCGUCAUGCUAGGAGAGUCAAAGGCAUUGAAACCUCCAAGAGCCGCCCACAAGAGAGUGACAAACCUCCUCCUGGGCCCGUCUCAUCCCCCUCACCAACGGGACCCUUACCGGCCAUCUCAGAUACUGACCCCAGCAAAACAGAUGAGACGCGGCCAGCGCCACAGUCAAAUGGACCCGCGGUGGCCCCAGGGCUCGCGGCCAUUUCUGCUCCCCCUACCCCAGAAUCCCCCGGUCCUUCCGCCUGUCCUCUUCUGCCCACCCCCACUACCCCUCAACCACCUCCAGCCACCUCCUCAUCUCCCGGCUGUGGCUCUUCUAACCCAGAGCAGGCUGGCACCGGGGCCCCUGGGGCGCCAUCAGUCACUCCCAGCAACCCUGAGACCGAAGAGGACAAAGCCAAGAAGCUGCUUUACUGCUCACUGUGCAAAGUGGCCGUCAAUUCGCUCUCCCAGUUGGAGGCCCACAAUAAAGGCACUAAACACAAAACCAUUCUGGAAGCCCGCAGCGGACUGGGCCCCAUUAAGGCAUACCCUCGUUUGGGUCCGAAGCCCAGCGGGGAGCAGGGAGGCGGGGCCACAGACCCCAAUACUCAGGAACGCACCUUCCACUGUGAGAUCUGCAACGUGCGGGUCAACUCAGAACUGCAGCUCAAACAGCACAUAUCAAGUCGAAGGCACCGGGACGGAGUGGCAGGAAAGCCAAACCCCCUCCUGAGCCGACACAAGAAGCACAGGGGAGCUGACCUUGCAGAUCUCACCAAAGCAUUAGGCGCUGGCCUCCUGCCGAGUCCUCUGGCCGUUGCUGCGGCAAUGGCAGCGGCGGCCUCCUCCAAUCAGCUCGCUCUUCGUGCAGCAGCCCCCUCCCCCCAUCCGCAUCAUCACCUCCUGCAGGGUCCGCCCCUCAGCCACGCCAUCUUGAGACCAGCUCCGGGGCCCAUACGCACCUCACACGGGCCGAUCCUGUUCUCGCCGUACUGACUCCGCCCUCACCUCCCCCCCCCUUAGCCAAUCACAGCCAGUCCGGAGCCUCACCUCCAAAAGCACACUGUGAAGACGAAAAAAUAGUGAAACACCACAGCAAUGACAAGAAUCGGCCCAUCAACAAUAACGUCAAUCAUCAAAUCAAGCAGAAGGGGGCGCAUCCACAAAAGAGGGUGCGACUGGCGUUCCAACUCUCUUUCCAUCACCCUUAACCACCUCCUUCAUCUCCGUUUGUUCGGAUCGAGUGAUUUAUUUGUUGGUGGAUGAAUGAACGAAUGCAGGGAUUGUUGGAAUAGAGCAAUAUCGUAUGCAGAGUGCAUCUGACGUCCUUGUUCCUUCCCUCUAUUUAUACUCAUACUGUGAGGUAGCAGCAGUCACAUGGUAGCCAGACAUGCUGGAAUCAGUUUCUAGACACCCCAAAACACACAAAGACUACAGUUAAAUGUUGUUCUAAAUAAAUGCACCCUCAACCCUAUGCACCUUGAGAAACCUACAGAAACCAUCAGUACGCUUCUCGUAGUAUUCGCUGUAUUCAACUUGUCCUGUCUGGCUUUGGCAUCUUUGCAAGAGGAAAACGCCCCAAUCUCUGUCGCAGUUCCACCACGUCAAGACUCAGAGCAGGGGAUUGUGGGGAAGGUCUAAGGAUGCCGACACUUUCCCAAUUCUGGCUCAAAUUGAGAAGCUUAGAUGGCGCCCGACUUCAUACAGUCGCAUCUCUCUAGAAAAACGGAGGGAUUCAGAAGAGACACUCGAGAUUUCUUUUGUGUCGCUUUUACAUCGGUUUGCGCUAGGAGCGGUUGACUGAAAAACCCCAGACCCCUGUCUUAGAUCUUAGAAAAUCAGUAGACGUCUAUUUAUUCUAUUAUGUAGCGUAGUUUAGUUCAGAACAUCCAAGCUGGUUGACUUUAGAAAUAUUCCGAAGUGAAAUAUGUAUGUAGAGGAUGAUGUAACUGCUGAAAUAAGAUGGACGGGUACUUUGAUUCUCAGAGAAAGGCAACAAACCUAAGCACACAUUUGGACUUACAGUACAUACAGGCUCCUCUGUUCAUUCUGUCUCCGUAUGUUCGGUGGACAUUAUGCAACCCCAAGCAAUAUGGCCCCCCUUCUGUCCGACUUCCGCGUUCAGUCUCACGAGACGGCCUGCAUCCUGCAAGGACUGACACCACAGGUCAGCUACUCCAGCGGACGCCCAUGAGAGUCUAGAAAAAUGAACAGAUAGAAGACGCAGAGGAGGUCACAGAGGACACGACUGUGCAAUCUCCCCUUUUUUUGGUAUGAACUUCCUGUCUUGAAUCUAAAGCCAUGCAAUGCAUAUUAUUUUUGUUCUUUUAUUAUGAAUUGUUUUGAUGUUGUUUUUUUGGUUUGUUUUCAUAGCACACUGUUACGUUGAACAAAUAUUGUUGUGGAAAUUCAAAAAAAAAAAAAAAUCAUUGAGCAAAAGAAAAAAACAGGAAUAUUUUUCUAUGGAAGAUUGAAAACCUGCACUCGGGUGGGAUCUACAUGUAGAAAUAGCGUUCGGUGGAAGUAAAGUAACAUAAGCAUAAACAUCAAACUAGGGCCUGUCGUGUUGGUGGAGAUACGCGACAGUUCACUGAUAAGCAAAGUGCGACAAUGUCUUACUGUUGUUUAGAUAUUGCAAUGCAAUAAGCAAUUGUCAUUUGUUGUAGAAGAGAAUUUAUAAAUGGUACGGCUGCUAAAAGGCCUCCAUGUUCUUCCACAGAGAUAAACUAGCCUUUUUAGUACAAAACCGGGGCGUUUAAAGCAAGAAAGGGGCACCCACAGGGACAGGCCCUUCAUAUUAAAGGGUCUUUUCUCAUCUCUGAGUGGGGGACAGGGUAUAUCUGAACGCAAACAAUGUGUAGUCAGCCAUAGCCUAUGCGUAUGUAGCUUAGUUCAUUUUUUUGUUUGUUCGUGGCAUUGUUUGCAUUGUGUGGGAAACGUCAUGAUAAUGCCAUUACUUCAUGCUAACUGUGGUUAGCGUCCACCAUUGUGCUUUGAUGGAACGUUACCUCCGUUUCUUAUUAGUUUCCGAAGCACUAUUAUGGGUGCUGUAGUUUCAUGUCGGUGUGUAUUGUGUAGUGUUGUGUGCGUAUCGGAUAGAAUCCGGUUCUAGGAAACCUGACAGAAUCUGGCUUAAGGGAUAGUUCACCCAAAAAAUGACAUUUUUGUUGUCAUUUACUCACCCUCAUGUCAUUUCAAACCUGUUUCAACAGGACAAAGGAUAAAAUGACAGUUUUUAAUUACCAGGGGAUAUCGAGCUCCAAAACAAGCACCACAGUGUCAGAAAGAUCUAUGACUCCUGUGUGAAUUCUUUUGAAGAAAUAAUGAUUUAAAUCAUACUUGCAAACUCGCCGUUCUGACAUUGAAAUUCACAUCAUUAGUGUAAAUCGAAGGAGUUUUUAGUGGGAAGCGCCACCUACUGUCAGAGAAUGAAUAAGCAUUUUUAUUCAGCCUAUCUGCUGUUUCUUUUUUUCUUUUUCUUUUUUAUAAUCAACUUUUGUCAAAACUUUCAUCAUUUAAACUAUGAAAUUGUUUAAAUCAUAGUUUUUACAGUCACUUUACAGGAAGUUUAGGAUGUUACCAAAGCAUGUAGUUUCAGAAUUAAAAACUGUUGAUUCCAGGAAUUUUUUUUUUUUUUUUUUUAAAGAAAAUUCCCUGACCAAGCAUAUCGAUUCUUUAAAAGAUAUAUACUUUUGUGUUCUCUGGAGGAACAAAAAUAACAGCAUAUGGGUUUGGAACUACACAAGGGUGAGUAUAAAAUGAACAAGUUGUAAUUUUUUGCGAUGACCCAUUCCUUUAAACUGCACAUUUGCAAUCAGCUGUUUCUAUCCCAAACUUAAUCAUUAAAACAAUCAGUGGACAGUGUUUUCAGCUGAUUUCAGAUGAGCAUUUUGGGAUAACACUAUGCGCACUGACACAUGCUGUAGUUUGAAACCAGGUGUCCAGUGCCCCAUUGAAACCAUGUGAGGUGAUAAAGCCAUCACAGCUUACACACUCCACAGGCUCGAGACAGACUCGCUUAGUCCCAUCCGUCAACACUGUAAAGAACACGUUCAUCCUGUAGUCAGAAUAAUGUCAUCACUGUACAGAAUUGUCUUUGGUAGAUUUAUUCAACCUUUCAGGGCAGGUGUAAUGUUAGUUGGUGAAGUCUAUUUUAGCCUUAGCCUUAUUCCACCCCAGGCCUCUCCAGGAGCGGACGCGGAUGGAGAAGCUUCGGUCAAACUUCGUCUUGCCAAUAAAUUUAUUUUUGAAUUGAGUUGUCAGAUGGGAAAACAGUAUGUGUGAUGGAACGUAGCAAUAUUCAACUCAUACUGGCUACUCGUUUAUUGCAAUAAGGAAAUCAACCAAUAGAUGCAUAUGUGAGUAAAAUAUUAUAGAUGUAAUUUAAAUCAAACACAGAAAAUUAUGGAAAUACUUGGUAUCAGAGAAACUUGGAGUUACCACAGGGGGGGAAAAAAAAAGAAGAAAAAAAAAUCAAUGUCUAUAAAUCAAUAAAGAAUAUUAAAACUCA